AUGAGCAUCCCAACUGGUUUUCAGGGACUGAGGGUCAAUGUUGAUAGAGGAGAAAAGAUUGGAAAUAAAAGCCAAAUUCAGUUCCCCCAAUCUGGAGAUGAUAAUGCCAAUCAAUUAUCUUUAAUUGGUGAUCAAGAAGGGAGAGGAUUGAUAGAGGACACAGGUUACAGCACAACCUCCAUCCCUCCAUUGGUCUCACAAAGUGAAUCCCCCAACAAGUUAGUGAUCUGGGGCUCUGGGCAGCAAUGUUUGGAGCCUGAGCUCAGAGAGUUUGAGCUUUUGGAGUGUCAGGAGAUACAUACAUUCUUAGGAACCAGGAACCAGGAGGUGGAGGAUGAGGAGGAGGAUGACGAUGGAGGAAGUAUGAGGGAUGGAAAGGAUGAGGGUCCCAUGUCCAUAUCCUCAAGCUCAACUGCCAGCUCUGCUUCGACAGGUGUGAGGAGAAAUGACAAUGACAACAACAAAGUGGAGAGCAGGAUACAGAGGGGCAAAGAGGUGCAGAAAAGGAUUGCCUGUCAUAGCACAGAAGAGCUAGACACAUGUGUGACAGGCUCAAUAGAGAAAAGGGACACCAGGUCAGGCAGAGACAGGGAGAGACGAAGGGGAGGUCUAAAGGAAUCCAAGUCUGAGACAAAUGUGUUUGUCUCCAAUCUGUCAGCUGUUUCCCUCAGCGGGAGCCUUUCAAGUGCUCUGGAUAGCAGCGGAGAAGUGCAGUCUUUGGUCCCUCUGUUCAACUCCAAGACCAGCCCUUUUCCCAAUACAACAAACACUACCUCAGCUCAGACCAGAAGAAGGGCAGCCCCUGUAGAUGCCAACCAGAACUCCCCACCACUGCAUCCUCAGGAGAAACAUGACAGUCCCCAAUACUACAGCCAAGAUCAGAGACAGGAGGAGGGAAGUUAUCGUAAUGGAUUGUCCUCUGAUGGGGGGCUGGGCCAAAGGAGGAAGGCAGGAUUUGAGGAGAGGGUGCUGCCACCACGACGGCAACAGCUCGUCAGACCCCUCUGUCAGACAGAGGUGGGAAGAGCGAGGAGCUCAGCAGAGCCCAAUGCUCAUCAAGCUGAGACAGGGCAACCUUCUUCCCCAAACCCCUCUCCAGAUUCACAGAGUAAUGGGUCAAACAGAAAGUUUACGAAAUCGUCUUUACGUGAACCAUCAGAUUUCUCCAACCUGUACAAAGCACCUGGAGUCUUACAGCCCAGGCAGCCCAACCAGGCAGCCCAGAGGGAGGCUCUACCUGUGGAAAAACACUCUGCUCCAACUGCAUGGCGUAAUUCAAGUCCUUCAAAUCCUUCCACUUUAGAGAAGAAACCCCAGACUCAGCUCACAUACAGAAGGAAUUGCUCUAGUCCCAAUAGAACGGGGGUUGAUUCCAGGUCAACUACCCCUCCUCACUCCCCUCUCAGGACACCCCAGGGUUCACCACGCAGGCAACCUUCCAUGUACCUCGUUUCCAGGAAUGUCCCUGGAGUGUUUAGACACAUCCCGUCAGGAUGCAACUCUGCUGUAACGACAUCAGCUCAGGGCUAUGGCAACAGUUGCAUGAGAGCACCAGUCAAAACGAAUAUAAGCUCAAGUGGAAUCCCUAAAGCACCUCUUAACAACCAGCAGAGCUCUAACCACAACCCCAGCCCCAAAGAGAGCUCCCCAUCACCUAAUCUUAAACCUAAAGGAGUUCGGCCCAAAAUUAUUACAUGCGUUCGGAAAAAUCCCCAGUUUAAGCCUCAGGCUGCUGACGGACCUUAUCAGGUAUCCUCUCUACCAUCCAGGCUGUCAGCAUACACACACGGCCAGACACCCACUUCCUUCAAAGACACCCCUAAAGACCCCUGCAAGCCCGACACAGAAACCAGAGGAGCCCCAGUGCUCAGUGCCUCCAAUCUGCUUUAUGACAAGUACCGCCAAGAGAUGCAGACAAACAUCUUCCCAUCAGGAAUGCUGAGCAGGAGUAUCAGGACCCCUGGACACACAAACACCGUUCCCCCUGCACACACACACAGCCACACGGCACCCUCUAAACUGGGUAGCAACUUCUACGGGGCACCAUCAGAGGUGGGGCGAUCUGCCAGUUUUAAAGGGAGUACUGCUGAGGAUGCACUGCUGUCACGGACGGCCGCUCAAGCCGGAGGGAGCGGCAGCCUCCUGCGCUCCGGCCGAGGUCUGCGUCUGGGCCUGGGAGCUGUCACCAGGACGACUACUGGCUCAGCCAAGGGCAGAGGGCCUGGUCAAGUUCAGAGGUCAACACUGAUCUUCAGCCAGCCAGUCCAACCUGUCAGCCCAGCGACCAGUCAGAAAACCCCGGAUAACACAGUUGACCAAGUUUUCACCCAUAAUGCUCCUCCUGCUCCAGCGACAGCAGCAACCCAGCCCCAGGCCAUGGCCUCCAGGUCUCUGCUUCCAAAAGCGAGCCAGUCAGGCCUGCGCCCCCCAGGCUUCAGCUCCAGUCGUCACCCCGCGGGCCGCCUGGCAGCCUUCGGCUUCGUCAGGAGCUCCAGCGUGUCUUCCGUCUCUUCGGCCCACUCCGCCGAAAGCACACAGAGUGACCCCUGCAGGACAGCUCACCGUCUGAGUGUAAGCGAGGAGCCUCCUCUUCACAGAGUGAUCACUGGCCCUCCGUCGACAGAUCACCAGAGAGGGGCACCAUGUCGCAGCAACAGCCUCCAGCCGCCCUCUACCCCAGCCCUGCCUCGGCGCUACCUGCCUGCCCAGCCACGAAGCUCCCCUGGAGUUGGCAGGAAGGAGUUUCAUCGGAGUUCAGAGGUCACUCGUUCUCUCCCUUCGUCCCCAAAGAGGCUGGCGGUGGUUCCUCCCAAACCUCAGUCCCCGGUCCAGUGUGGGCAGCGGCCUGCAGCAGCAGUGCGAGGGUCAUUUCCCCCGGGGUCCCCUCGCCGCGUGGCCCCCCUGAGGCUGCAGCAGGAACAGCAGGAGAGCCUGCAGAGGGAGAAAGAAGAGGUUCAGAGGCUGCAGGGACGCUGUGAGCAGCAGGAGAGGCAGUUGGGAGCUCUUAGAGAAGAACUGAGGAAGACUUCCUUGGGUCUGGAAGCCUUUAUUAUCACCACUCAGCAUUACUGCCUCAAGAAUAAAACUACAGAAGAAAAUCAAAGGAAAUUGUCUUUGGAAAUGCAACAGAUCAGAGAGGAAAUGGCAUCCAACUCAGCGCGAUGGGAGAGACUCCAUCGGGAGAAGACAGCACUGGAGGUGGCGUUUGAGCGAGAGCUGCAGGAGCUGCAGCUGCAGCAGGAGGCGGAGCUGGCUGCUGUGGAGGAGGGGCUCAGAAAGUGUCACUCAGCAGAGGCGGAACACCUGAAGGAGGAGCAUCGGUCAGUGAUGGAGGAGCUGAGGACUCAGCAUCAGGAACAGAUGGAGGAGAUGACAGUCAACCAUGAGGCAGCCAUUCAGGAGCUCAGAGACAUGCAUAACAUCACCAUGGCAACACUGCAUGAGGAGCACGCCCGUACCAUGAGAGACUUGAGAAAAGCUCAUGAGCAACAGAAGAUGCUUCUCGAGGAGGAUUUUGAGAAACUCCGGCUUUCUCUGCAGGAUCAAGUGGAUACCCUCACAAUUCAAAACCAGAGUCUGAAGAACAAAGCCAAACGUUUUGAGGAGGCUUUAAGGAGGAGUACAGAUGAACUGAUAGUCGAUGCUUUGGCUCCAUACCAGCACAUUGAGCAAGAUCUGAAGAGCUUGAAGGAGGUUGUGGAAAUGAAGAACCAGCAGAUACACCAACAAGAGAAGAAGAUCUCCGAUCUGGAGAAAGUGGCCCAAAAGAACGUGUUCCUUGAGGAGAAGGUCCAGGUUCUGCAGCAGCAGAAUGAAGAUCUGAUGGCCCGUAUUGAAAAUAACCUAGUCCUGUCUAGGCAACUGUCUGAGGAGAACGCCAACCUCCAUGAUUCGGUUGAGAAGGAAAGCUGUGAGAAGAAGCGGCUGAGUCGGAACAACGAGGAGCUUCUGUGGCGUCUCCAGACCAGCCCCCUCAUGUCCCCCGCCUCCUCCCCGCUGCACCGCUCCUUCUCCACCUCCCCUGUCCCCUCAUCCCCAUUCUUCUCCUCCUCACCUGUUGCAGGGUGCGACUCUCCAACCCACUGCCACGGCUGCCCCCAGCAGGCUCAAUACUGCUCCCCCUCCCACAGAGCCACCACCAAUCAAAAUCUCUCCCCUGGACCAGCCACGCCCACUCACAGGGCAGCGAGCAAUCUGAAUUACUCACCUGGCCCGGCCACGCCCACUCACAGGGCAACGAGCAAUCAAAAUUACUCACCUGGCCCGGCCACGCCCACUCACAGAGGGCCAGCUAAUCGCUGUAACACAGCCACUUCUCUCAGCACGUUGCAGAGAUAA